AUGCACAUACAUAUUUAUAAACUCUUUCUUUCUUUAUUUCAGACACGCAGACAAGCGCGAACAGACACACAGAAAAACCCGCGCAACUAUAAUGCCAUACAGAGAUACGGAUCCACUUGUCCUGAUAAUCGUUGGUUCGAACGUCAAAUUCGAUUUAUUGUUCCAUUCCAAAUGGCAGCUGGCGUCCCUCCUAUCAAGCAAAUGACUUCCGACAAUAAUCGAAGCGAGAUGAAACGGCGAGACGUUAUCCGAACGAGAUCUCGGGACGAGAUCUUUCUAAUUGCUCUGGUUGUUCAAGUGGUCGACCGGACGCGAAAGCAACAGGCGCGUUUUUUUUCAUAUCUAUCUAUCUAUCUAUCUAUCUAUCUAUCUAUCUAUCUAUCUAUCUAUCUAUCUAUCAGUAUUUUGAGGAGUUAUGACCUGACGAGCAUUGCGUUCAGGAUAUCUAUCUAUCUAUCUAUCUAUCUAUCUAUCUAUCUAUCUCUGUUUGAACCUAUCUAUCGCAAAGCGACUUUCUUAAUUUUCUGUUCAUCUCCCAAAUCUUCUUUUUCUUUCUUUCUUGUUCUCUUCACUUUUUAUCGUGUCUUUGUUUUGUUUGUUUGUUUCUUUCUUUCUUUGGAAUUUAUUAUUCCUUUCAAUUUUUUCUUCUUUUCCAUUCAAUUUUCAUUUUGCUUUCCAUUUAAGCUACCCCGGUUUUUCUUUCUUUUUUCUUCUCUUGACGUUUUUACAUUGUAUCCUUCUUUCUUUCUUUCUUUCUUUCUUUCUUUGUAUCUACUUCCUCUUUUCAGACAUUUACUUUUCUUUCUUUCUUUCCUCUUUCAGACAUUUACUCUUUUCUUUCUUUCUAGACAUUUACUUUCUUUCUCUCUUUCUACUUCCUCUUUUCAGACAUUUACUUUCUUCCUUUCAAUAUUUCAUGUUUUCUUUCGAUUUUCUUCUUCGCUUCCAUUUUACUUACCACGGCUUUUCUUUCUUCUUCUCUUCACUUUUUUUUUACAUUGUAUCUAUUUUUCUUUCUUUCUUUCUUUCUUUCUUUGA